AUGUUCCAGGCCUUCGACUCGGACGGCGAAUUGAUACCAGCAAAACCCCUGCUGGACGAGGGCCUAGAAGAGUGGCUUUUGAAUGGCCCUGAUGAAACGAACAGGGUGGCCAAGCGAACCUAUGAGUACAUCGACGGGGAAUUCUACCUGGAGCAUGACACUGGGUUGACAACCCUGUACGACGAUCGAUUCUCCCAACGAACCAAAGCCGAUUUGAUAGGACUAUUCGAUCAUCUCAGGGCGGAUCAUCUCAUGUAA